AUGUCGGUAGCCCGACUCCCAAUUAAAGCUGACGAUCGAGAGUCCAAGAAGGCGAAAGGGAUGGCCACGCCCCUAAUCGGAUUCUCGGAUGAGGAUAAACUUAGAACCCUCCAGCCCCACGAUGAUGCUCUAGUCUUAAUGCUCAGGAUUGGGGGAUAUGACGUGAAGAGGGUGCUAGUCAACCAGGGCAGCGCCGUGGAAGUAAUGUACCCCAACUUGUACAAGGGGUUGAAGCUGAAACCAAAGGACUUGACAGCAUAUGACUCUCCUUUAGUGAGCUUCGAAGGGAAAACCUUCACUCCGAAAGGUUUGAUUAGAUUGCCUAUACAGACAGGCUCGGACAUAGUGAAGGUGGACUUCAUAGUGGUAGACGCUUACUCGCCCUACACCGCCAUUAUAGCCAGACCAUGGCUUCACGCCCUAGGGGCUGUGUCAUCAACCUUACACCAAAAAGUGAAGUACCUAUCAGAAGGUCAAGUGAAAGAAGUAAUAGGGGAUCAAGCCAUGGCCCGACAAUGCAUGGUGUCCGCCAUCUCGCAACGACCAAGUAUUGAGCCCUCCACCUCAGCCGAGGAUGGCUUAUAG